AUGGGGCAAGACAUCCCAGAGACCAAAGACCAGCAUGGUGCUCAAGCGCAGGAGUUGGAGACCAUCUCACCCAGCAACAGCUCGAGACAGGAUGAGCAAGUCGCUGAGAAAGGCGGAGAGGACGAUGGCUACAUUCAUCAAGAGAUGAACUGGCGCCUGUUUUUAUCUUUGACCGCAAUGGCUUUCUUGUGGGUUGGCAGUCAGAUCCCGCUAUAUCUCUUCGGUAGCGUUUUGCCACUGAUCUACUCGGAUAUUGGUGGCGUGGACCGAUACGUCUGGUUCGUCAUCGGCUACCUUAUUCCGAAUGCGGCUCUCUGCCCCUUCGUUGGCGCACUAUCAGAUAUGUACGGUCGGCGCAACGUUGCUAUGGUUGGUCAGGUCACACUCAUCGUCGGCCCUGUCAUCACUGCAACGGCGCACACGAUGAACAUCGCCAUUUGCGGUCAAGUCUUCAGCGGCCUCGGAGCAGGACUGAACGAGCUCAUCGCCCUUGCCGGCACUGGUGAACUUGUGCCGGUAGCUAAGCGAGGCAAAUAUGUCGGAGCUAUUGUCUUCGCCAUCAUUCCAUUCUGCCCCUCUGCUCUAUGGCUCAACUCAUCGCCGCCCACUCCAACUGGAGGCCUAAUCUUCGUUGCCAUCUUCUACAAGGAUCCACCUGUCAGGCACAGGCCCACCAAGAUGGAAAUUUUAAGGAAGGUUGACUACAUUGGUGGUCUGCUUUCGAUCGGAGGGUGUCUGCUUUUCAUGAUGGGCAUGCAAUGGGGAGCUGUGCAGUACAAGUGGACGAGCGCUCAUGUGCUUGCACCAUUCAUCCUCGGCAUCAUCCUCAUCAUUUCAUUCUUCGUAUGGGAAGUGAAGUUUGCGCCACACCCAAUGGUGCCCGCGCGGAUCUUCAGCCUCGAGAAGCGCACCAUGAUCAUCAUCCUCAUCAUCACGUUCGUGUCUGGCGGCAACUUCUUUGUGUUGCUCAUGAUGUGGCCAUCUCAGAUCUACAAUGUCUACGGUCCUGGACCAGUCAAGAUUGGUCUCCGAACACUGCCCAUGGGCUUCGGUAUCAUCGGCGGCUCUUUCAUUGCUCUCGCACUCCUCCCCUACAUCAAAGGUCGCAUCAAGGAGCUCAUGAUCGUCGCCACUGUAAUCAUGACUGCCUUCUGCGGCGCCAUGAGCGUAGGAAACCCAGACAACAUCAACACUCUUUACGCCAUCGUCCUAUUCGCCUCACUCGGCUGCGGCGCUGUCAUCAUCCCUGCCAGCAUCAUCGCCCAGAUCAUCUGCCCACCCGACCUCAUCGCGACCAUCACAGCCAUAACUCUCGCCGUCCGCUACAUCGGUGGCGCAGUCGCCUUCACUGCCUACUACAACGCCGUCGAGAGCAAGUAUAUCGCAUAUGCCACGCCCAUGGUCGCCGUCGAUGGGAUCAUCAAGCAAGGCAUUGUCUCGCCUGACAAUUUGGACGCGGUCACGGUUCUUGUCACGUACGUUGGGGCGUUUCAAUUCAAGGAACUACAGGAGUUCAUUGACGCCAGUCCGCUGGUGAUGCGCAAGGACGUGGCGUUCGAUCUUAUUGUUAGGUCAUCGCAAGAGGCGUUUGCGCUAGCGUACCAGUAUCCGUACUGGAUCAGUAUUGCAUUCGGAGGGACAACCUGCAUCCUGGCAUUCUUCUUGAGGGACAUCAGGAAGUUCAUGACGAUGCAGAUCACGGCUGGUGCUGUAAGGGAGGACUAA